CAGUGCUAUUCCCUCUACUACUCCCACCCCAAAUCACCUGCGCCGGUUUCCGUUGCAAUAUGACCAUUCUGAUUCAAUGUGACCAUUUAUACCUGCAACACAGGCGCGUUUCUCGCGUCCGCACGCAACCCGAAGUCCUCCACAAACCUCCCAUUCCAACCGAAAGGCGACUACCGAAGUGGUGAGAAUGCGCCGUGUAUCAAAAAGCUGACGCUCUUCGCGUCGCUACGCGUUUUCUCGGCGCUGGCGCAUCACAGUUGUGGAACUCGACAAUCCACUCUAUUAUUCUAUUCCAGUUUGUUUGUGACUACAUAUGUAGUAGUCAGGAGCAGAAGAAAGUGCUGCUGCGAGGAACGCCUUUAUGUUGCAGGCAAAUGGGUACACACAGUCCACUGCUCAUCACUACGUACUCAACACCAUACUACUGUCGCUAUUAUACAUACUAUAGUUUGUAGUGUAGUAGUACCUUCGAAUACAGUUUAAGAUAUUAACUGUCAAGAUAACUACAAACAACUUAUGGUCUGCAAGUAGUAGUUGAUCUUGGAAGAGUUAAUUUACCAUUUUCAAAAUUUAACAAGACAUUUUUGGAACGUCAAAAUGCACGACGCCUACGAACAAUCAUCAAUAUUAAAUAUUUCUGUUCAAAUCGAGUCCAUGGCUGCAUAUGAUGACAAUUUAUUAAUUGGUACAAGAGAAGGUCAUCUUCUUAUGUACAAUGUUCCCUCUGUGACAGAUGACAGUCAUAAAUUAGAAUUAUUGCGCCAUAGUAAGAAUUUUAAUAAAAAGCGUAUUACACAAAUUGAUGUUGUGCCAGAAUAUAAUUUGUUGUUAAUCUUAACAGAUAAUAUUCUUUGCAUACACGAUUUAAAUUCUCCAAAUUUUCAACAAGUUUGCCAGUUACAAAAAACUCGUGGUGCUACAUUAUUCACCUUAGAUGUUCAAACUACUCAAAGUUUAACUGGUGAAAAAAAUACAUUCGUACGUUUAUGCGUUGCUGUGAAACGCAAGUUGCAGUUGUAUUAUUGGAAAGUAAAGAAAUUUGAGGAAUUCAAAGAUUUUGAAUUAACUGUGCCUGAUAUACCACGUGAAUUGUCUUGGUGUGGAGAUUCGCUAAUUUUGGGUUUUCGUGGUUUGUCAUAUACUAUAUUAGACUUAAAUGGAAAACCUAAAGAGUUAUUUCCAACUGGGAAGUCGCCUGAACCGAGUGUUACAAAAUUAUCUGAUAAUUCGUUUCUAUUAGGAAAAGAUUCUCAGUCAUUUAUUAUGAAUACAAAGGGUGAUUUGAUUCAACAUAAUUCAGUUAAGUGGUCGGAUACACCAAGUGCGAUAGCUUGGGAUGACCCUUAUCUACUUGGGAUUGUGCAUGACAAGUUAGAAGUAUAUACUAUAGAGGACUGCGUACACAUUCAAACGAUAAAGGACUUGAAUAAAGCAAGACUUAUAUAUAGAUGUAAACAAGGGAAGGUUUUUGUAGCAUCUAUUAGUCAUAUUUGGUGUGUUAGAGCAAUUGAUGUAACACUUCAAAUUAGAACACUACUUGAACAGAAGCAAUUUCAGCUGGCACUGAAAUUGACUAGUUUAUCAGACAUAACCGAAGAAGAAAAAAUUAAACAAACAUACAAAAUACAAACUUUAUAUGCACAUCAUCUCUUUGCUAACAAAAGAUUUCAAGAAGCAAUGGACUUGUUUUUAAAGUUGGGAACUGAUCCAUACGAAGUAAUCAUAUUAUUCCCUGACUUAGUUAUUUCUACUAGCAAUAAUUCUGAACUCAACGAGCCAACUCCAAGUUUGCCUAAACUAGAAGAUCAUGAUUUAGAAAAAGGAUUGCGGGCAUUGAUAGUAUUCCUUACAAAAGUUAGAGAUAAAUUAAUGGAUGAUACAGAAUCAAAAGAUAAGGAUAACAGCAAAGAGAAAUCUUUGAUUAAAGGAGAAAAAAAUAUGACCGCAGUAGCUACUGAACAGCUUUUAAAAAUUAUAGACACAACUCUCCUGAAAUGUUAUUUACAGACUACUGAUGCGUUAGUGGCACCACUGCUUAGAUUAAAUCAUUGUCAUUUGGCAGAGGCUGAAAGAACAUUGCUAAUGCACCAAAAGUAUCCUGAGCUUAUUAUAUUGUACCAAACGAAAGGACAACAUAGAAAAGCACUAGAACUUCUUGAAAAACAUUCGAAAGAAAAUGAUUCCAGUCUUAAAGGAACUGAAAGAACAAUUCAAUACUUACAGCACUUAGGCAAAGAUCAUAUGGACCUGAUUUUAAAAUUUGCUGGUUGGGUUUUAAUUGAAAACCCAGAGCAAGGACUUCGAAUAUUUAUGGAAGAUAUACAGCAAGUUGAACAAUUACCAAGACCGAAAGUAUUAGAUUAUCUCCUCCGUUGUCACAAUGAGUUGGUUAUAACAUAUUUAGAACAUGUAGUGAAUAUUUGGGAGGAUACCAAUCCACUAUACCAUAAUGUUUUAAUACAUCAAUAUAAAGAAAAAUGUUUAACAGCUGCGGAAGAUAGCGAAACACCAGGUGAGAAGGAAGCAGGACAGCAUAUUAGACAAAAAUUACAGCAGUUUUUAGAGAAAUCAGCGCAUUACACCCCGGAAACGAUAUUAGUGCAUUUUCCUUUUAAUAAUUUAUUCGAGGAACGUGCAAUCAUUCUUGGACGACUCGGACGUCACCAACAAGUUAUAUCAAUAUAUGUUAAUCUUUUGAAUGAUAUACAGAAAGCCAUCGAGUAUUGUCAUAAUGUAUACACUAAAUAUCAAAAUCAAGACAAUAUAGAGAAACAGAAACAAUCUGAUGGCGCGGAUGAGGUUUAUUUGAUGCUUAUACAACAGUUGUUAAAACCUGACGACAAAGGUGUUUUGAUGACAGGAUGUAAGCCAGAACUUCAACGAACAAUGCAGCCUGAUUUGGAAAUGGCGUUACAGUUACUCGAAAAGCAUGCAUCAAAAAUAAAUCCAUUAAAAGCAUUGGACGUCUUGCCAAAUACAGUUCCUAUAGGUAGAAUAAAAUGUUUCUUAGAAGUCAGUUUGCAGGAGAAGUUGAAUGCCAGGAGGAAGAUGCAAAUGUUGAAAGGAUUACUUUAUGCAGAACAUUUGCAAGUGCAAGAGCAACGUAUGCAUUACGAAUCACAGAGUGUUCUGAUGACAGAGUUUAAUAUAUGUCCAGUGUGUAAGAAGAGAUUUAGCAAUCAGAGUGCAUUUGCUAGGUUCCCAAACGGCGACAUUGUACAUUAUUCAUGUCAAGAUCGUAAAGGAUAAAAAGAUAAAUAAAUAAAAAUCAUUUAUACUAAACGAUGUAAAAAAUGUAUACUGCAAUGUAUUUCUGCGGAUGUCAUGUAUAUGUAUAAUUGUACACAUUUUCCAUUUGCCUUCCUUUCGCUAUGAUCUAUUUUUAAGAUUACUUUUAAUUGUAUAACACACACAAACACAAAUACGCUUAAACAUAUAAUUCGCAAUUUUAUUUUCCUCAAAUAAGAAUCGAUAAAGAUCUUAAAAGGAAAUAUAUGUAGCGUUACGAACAAUACUUUAUUUUAUAUAAUGUAUAUAGUAUAUAUGUAUAUAUUUUUUUUUCUUCGUUUUCUUCUUUACAUAUUUUAUUUUAUACAGUGUAUAAUUAUGACGUUUACUUUUACAAUUAAAUCAUGAUAAGAAAAGAUA